AUGUCACUAUCUAUGCUGGAAUGGUACAGUCUCACACGUCGCUUCAGCCUUCUUCGCGCAUCGUCUGGCACCCCCAUUGCUCUGGACGACUUGAAGUCCAAAUUUGCCGAACAACGCGCUCGGGGUUCACGGAAUCAAGUCACUGAGGAGGAGGAGGAUAUGAUCCUCGAAGCAUUAGGACGGUUACAUGCCAGGGCUGCGCGGACCAAGCCUGUUGUUAGCAGGGAGGAGGCGAGUAGUGAACAGUCAGCGUCUACGACUGAGAGCCAGGACCUAGGUUCCCGCAUAACGUCGUCUUCGCUCACUAGAGACUCGUUGCAGUCCUCCAGCACCACUCCUACAGCGCUGCAUAGCAUAACGUCCAUGUCCUCUCUAUCGUCGACAAAAGGGUCCAAUGCCAGCAGGCGGAUGAGUAACAACUUGUUCGGAUCUGGCAAGCUCCGGGACCAGACCUAUAUUCGUUCCACAAAUCCUGGGAGACGCGCUGGCGGAAGCAGGAAUGUGCCGUCCGUCGCACCCUCGGACUCUAUGAUGAGCAUGAGCACAGUCGCGAGUAGCGGGGCAGGGCAAAGCUCCAUCCCGAAUAACGACAAGGCCUUCGAGAGACAGCGGGCAGGGCGGCUGGCGCCACAGGACUCCGACUCGGAAUCCGCUGCAGACAGGAAGGACUUCACCACGCGGUUAUCUAAGGCGUUACAUCCCGACGUCUUGCGCCAUGCAUCGCUGGCGCUUGACGAGGUCAUCAGGGAGAUGGAGGAGGAAGGUGACGACGAGAUUGUCAUGGAGAGAACUACGCUUCCUCACGUCCAUGGGACUGCUUCGAAUGGAUCUGCGGGGACACCGACUGAACACCGCUCGCCCCUUGUGUCACCUGGGGAGUUCGGCACUGCAGUGUCCUCUGACGACCGAGUCGUACUCACGCAGAGUCAGAUUUCGACUGUAGAGAUGCGCUCGCCCACCAGCUCUCCUGCACCGCGCCUGCCCGGGUACAUUCCAGGCAUGCCAAGACCCAUGACGCCUCGUGAGUCGACAUUCGAUUCUGACGACCAAACACCGUCGAACACACCGCGUGCCACGUCCCCCCGUUUACCUAGCGGGGCUUCGCCAUCCCCUCGCGUCCCGCAAACCUUAUCGACGUCCUUGUACAGGAGCAAUUCCGCGGCGUCGUCGUCCCGACAGUCUCCUGCGCCAAUUUCUACCCCCGUGCUGGCGUCGACGCCGCCACUCUUCUUCAAUCGAAUCGUCAAUGGCCAGUUCACCCCAGAAGAUCGGCAGCGUAGUGGGACUAGCUCCCCCGUCACUGAUGUCUUCGAAUCAUCUGCGCAAACUCGCCGCCGACCUAUGUCACCCCUCUCUGGGCCUGCAUACCAAGCCUUGGCUAACAACUCGUCACGUUCAACCACGCCGUCGAAUGUGACCAAGAAUGGCAGCACCGUGAGCGUGAGCGAUUUGCCGGAAGGGUUGGAGAGGGCGAAGUCGACGUCGCGGUCCAUGCGUUCACCUGCGUUACCGGAAUCCCCUCUGAUGGAUCGUACCUACGGUCUGUCCAUGGCGAUGGAGUCUGAGUAUCGACCACCGUCGGCGAUGUCGGGAAUGGAGCUUGGGUCGCCCCUUCAGAUCAACAACCGCCCGCUUCGCUCCCCGACGCCUACGCACAGUCGACAGAAGUCGCCGACAGUGGCCACGUUCCCUGAGGCCAUCAACGGCAGCUCGAGUGGAGACACUUCAAAUGUGAGCAGACGGUCGUCGAAACAGAACCAUCACUCGUCGUUCUCUCUGGGAUCGUCAACAGGCCUUCUCCUUUCUCCCAUCGCCAACUCUUCGAGGUCAUCAAUAGAGUCCGCCGGGUCUAGCUAUCACUCAUGGGACGAAGAUCACAGGAAGGAUCGGCUGUACGGCCUUUUCAGCAGUCUUGAUCCAGAUCACACUGAGUGGCACGAUGUGCCUGCAAUGGACAAGUCGGCUUCCUCGACACCGGGUACCUCGCCGUACGAGAGCUUGGACAUGAGGAGACGACAGCUGGUGAAGGCCGCCAUUCAGAAAGUCAACACUCCUGACGGCCGCGCGCGCGCGAACUCUCUCAGGAGGCGGAGACCGUCUACGUCACAGUCGAACUAUUCGCUCGCUGACAACCGGGUUGCAAGCCCGGCGCCUCAUGUCCAGCCCGUCGUCAAUGCUCCUGAGCCUGUAUCCUCUAGCCCUGUACGCCGUCAUAAAGCGUUGGCGGACGCGUUGUUCGGUCAAGAGACCAACGAGAGGCCACCAACUCCGAGUGCUCAGGCCUUACUGUCACCAACCUUCGAAGGCAGGCGGUCUCGUGUUCAGACACCCGAAGCACCGGAUCCAGUCUCGUCACCACCUUCUGUGAUGACUCUGACUCAGGCGACGUCGACAAUGAAGUCGCCUGUGUCUCCUAACUUCAGCAUGUCGCAGACGAACGUCUCCCAUGUUGACGCCGCGCGUUUAGCCAUGGAGGUUCAGCAGAGAGCAGAAGCUGCUACCGCAGCGCUCAGGAAGUCCCCGUCGAUCCCAAAGAUGGGCGACUCCACCAGCGCACCCAGUCGCAAGCGCAUCAACCCUAGGCAGAUAUCCUCCCCGAAGCUGGUUUCGUCAUCGAAUAGUCUGAACACCAUCCCUCUCCCCGCCUCCCACAAGGUUUCACGGUUCAGGAAGCUGACAGGUACUCUGCGUGCCAAAGAUAUACCCCCAUCUGUACUGGAGCAGCGUCCCCCUGCAUCCGCUCCGCUCCCGGGCCAUCUCCCUCAUUUCUCCCCCACGUCUGGCGUGCAGUCUGGACAAACUGUCCUGCGACCCGAAGACCGUGACCAUGGCAAAACAUCAUCUCCUGAUCCUAGUCCACCUGCUUCAGCCUCGCCUGGACUCAGGAGUUUCAUCUCCCGGUUCCGCAAGCCUAGGGCCUCAGAGUCCUACUCAGUGUCGCACCGCGAGAAGUCAUCGCCUUCGUCGACUGCAUUUUCUCCAUCAUCACCUUCGUUCAACUCUCUGGGUGCAGGUCAACCUCCACGAUCUGCUCCCGCCUUGCAGACGUACUUCGAGCAACCCACCUCAACUACUGCGCGCGUAUCUCCAGCGACGGCGACGCAGUCGCGAAAGCCACCUCAGGUGCUUGACAUGCCGCACGUACCUGACGAACCUUACCCGCAAUCUGAUGAUGCGGCUCUCAAGCAGUUAUUUGCCGCUGCUUCUGAUCUCGGCCUAGACCAAACAGAGCUUCAGAGUCUACUUGCUCGUUCUCCAUCGACUUCAUCCAAGUUGACGCGGGCCACGUCUCUGACCGAGAACAGGAAGAGUCGUCUCCCUGGUGUGCGUGAAGAUGUCGCCGAUCGAUCCCCUUCUCCGCCAUUACCUAUGGGUAGAUCCAGCGUGGACGGCUAUUCCAACAGACCUUCGCAAGACGGCUUUCGACCUUCAAUGGAGGAAGUUCCUGAAAUCACCCUUCGCCCUCCUCGUGAAGAGUCAGAUGCAACGGUCAACCCCAUUGUACGACGGACCAUCAUAUUCCCCUCCGACCCCCGAUCCUCCGCCUUGGAUCUCAAUGCGCUCAUGCGCAAACAGUCUGCUGCACGCAAGCGGCGUUCUGCGGGGGCAACCUCGACUUAUUCCAAUCGUUCCAUACACGAGCGCGUGCCCACACCGCCUCCGCACAAACAUACUGGUCGUCGUUUUUCGACUGAUGGUUCUCCCCCGGUGCCUCAAUUACCCCUUUCCAUUGGGUCGCAAAGCGAGCAGCUAGUUAUUCCUGGGCAGCUAGAGUCGUCAAACUCUGCUUACGAUUCUCUAUGUACACCGGAGAAGGCAAGCCUAGCGGCGCGAGCAAUGCAGACGCCAUGGCGCUCCUGGGCACAGCAGGCGGAUGCAAAUUCCGAAUCCGGUCCUGCUCUAGAACUCAUCGAGUUGGCCAAUGGGGAAAUGAUCUGGAACAUCGUCAAUGGACUGCGGGAUGAUGAUGGGGAGUCUUUCUACGGCGAUCGCAGCAGCUUUGUGUCGGAGUACUCUCGGAGGGAUUCCACAGGCGAAGGUUUGAGACUGUUCUUCAAAGGUCACGAGAAGAAAGGUUCUAAGGGCAGCAACUUCACCACGUCCACUCGCAAGCGGCCCUAUCCGAAGCCUGCUGUUCGUCCGGAAACCAAGGUCUUCUUCAGCUCUUCGGCACAAAUCGGACAGCUCAUCGACAACCUUUCACGUGGCGUCGAUGCUGGAUCCUUCAAUAUUGCUCCCGAGUCAUCUCAGGCACGCCUUGCACACUCUGCGUCCUCGUCGCUAGGGUCAGAAAGCGAGUUACGCUGGACCCUUGAAGAAAGAAGACUUCAACAGCUAUUGGGCACUAUGGAGUCAGCUGAGUGA